UCUUGCUGACCGCCCUGCUCCUGGCGGCAGCGGCAGCCACCAACGAGGCGACAGGGAGCCUCGUCGUGACCCAUGGCUGCGCGACGAGCUGCGGCGGCGUGGACAUCCCCUACCCUUUCGGCAUCGGCGGCGGCUGCUUCCGCAAGGGCUUCGAGAUCGAGUGCAUCAACAGCAGCCACGCUGUGCUCGCCGGCACGUCCAUCCGGGUGAUGCGCCUGUCGUCGGACCGGGCCGAGUCGCUGGUGAUGCUCCCCAUUGGAUGGAUGUGCUUUAACGCCUCCAGCCCCAGCGAAGCUUCGGAUUUCAGCUACGCCGAGACGGAGAUGAACAAGGACGGCGUGUACCGCAUCUCCAACACGCACAACAUGCUCGUCGUCCUCGGCUGUAACACCUUCGCCUACACCGCCAGCGGGAAGACGCAGGGCGGCACCGACGCCUACACCUACUACACCGGGUGCAUGUCCUUCUGCAACAACUCGGCCAGCGCGCAGGACGGCCUCUGCGCCGGCGUCGGCUGCUGCCGCCUCGACAUCCCGCCGGGCCUCACCGGCAACUACUUCAAGUUCCGCGCCUACAACCACUCCACCAUGAUGGACUACAGCCCCUGCGACUACGCCUUCCUCGUCGACAGGAACAACUACACCUUCCGCCGCUCCGACCUCCGCAUGGACACCAACCGGACCUCGCCCGUGUGGCUCGACUGGGCCAUCCGCGGCAACGGUUCCGUCGAUAUCACCGCCGGCGACGUGUUGUCGUGCACGCAGGCGCCCAAGACGGGUCAGUAUGCCUGCGUCAGCGCGUACAGCGACUGCGUGGAUUCCACCAAUGGGCCUGGCUACAACUGCAAGUGCUCCGAAGGCUACGAGGGCAACGCCUACCUUGCCGACGGAUGCACCAAUAUAGAUGAAUGUGCACAUCCAGCAAAGUAUCCUUGCUACGGUAUCUGCAAGGACACUCAAGGAUCUUACCAAUGCACCUGUCAUCCAGGUUAUGAGAGCGAUGACCCAAGAACUGGACCCUGCGCUCCAAAGUUCCCACUUGUUGCACAGAUUUCCAUAGCUAACCUCAGGCAAACUACUUUGAAUCUUUUGAUUUUGCUAAUUAUCAGUUUGCUUAUUUGUCCAUAUAUAGGUGUAAUAGGUGGUACACUUGUCAUCGCAUUUGUGGCAUUCAUUAUUAUUAUUCGAAAAGAGAAGCGGAAGACCAGAGAGUUUUAUGAGAAAAAUGGUGGUCUUACCUUGGAGAAAGCUAAAGUUAUAAAGCUUUUCAAAAAGGAGGAGCUCAAGCCAAUUUUGAAAAGUAGCAAUUUAAUUGGAAAAGGUGGCUUUGGUGAAGUUUACAAGGGGGUUGUUGAUAACAUACUAGUUGCAGUAAAGAAACCAAUUAGUGGUAAUGUGCUGGAGAACAAGCAAUUUGCAAAUGAAGUCAUCAUACAGUCUCAAGUCAUCCACAAGAACAUUGUUAAGCUUAUAGGUUGUUGCCUAGAAGUGGAUACCCCCAUGCUAGUGUACGAGUUCAUUUCCAAAGGAAGCUUGCAUGACAUUCUUCACGAGUCUGACAAGAGGGAGCCGCUCAACUUGGAUGUGUGCCUAAGCAUUGUUGUGGAAUCGGCACAUGGUCUAGCUUAUAUGCAUUCCCAAGCCCAUACCAAAAUCUUGCACGGUAAUGUUAAACCAGCCAAUAUACUUUUGGAUGACAACUUUGUGCCAAAGAUCUCAGACUUUGGCAUAUCGAGGUUGAUUGCAAUAGAUAAGGAACACACUGCAAAUGUCAUUGGUGACAUGACUUAUAUGGAUCCAGUAUACCUGCAAACAGGUCGACUGACUGAAAAAAGUGAUGUCUACAGUUUUGGGGUUGUCAUCUUAGAGGUCAUUAGCAGGAAGAAGGCCACUCAUUCCGACAAUAACAGCUUAGUGACGAGUUUCCUUGAGUGUCAUAAAGAAGGGAAGAAAGCAACUGAGUUGUUUGAUAAGGAAAUUGUCGUAGCAGGAGAUUUGGAGCUUCUUGACACUCUGGCAGGUAUUGCUGUGGAAUGUCUUAACCUGGAUGUGGAUCAAAGACCAUCAAUGACAGAUGUCGUGACGCGUCUUCUCACAUUUAAUAGAUCCCGUGUGUUGUAA